AGUGUUUAUAUAGCCAAUCACCGUUGAACAGGCAGUACGUGUAGAAAGUGAGCCUAGCAGUACAUUUCUCUCUUGGUGGAAGUGCACAGCGGAGUGACAUCAUCCAACCUUUCACCAUAUUCUGAAACAUGGAAGAAUCAAGUAGUUGACGUUAACUGAACCUUCUCUUUUGAAGCUUUCUUCCGUCUGAUCACUGAGUUCCUAGUGAGCUGACCGGUCCUGGUUUUGUUGACGUUUUUUUGCAAGUUACCUGAACUUUCACUGUCUGACAAGAUGAAGUACAUUAUCGGCAUCGGCGGGUGAGUGUCUUAAAAUAACUUGUAAUGUAGCCUACUAGGCCGCAGCACGUGGGGCUGGGCGCGUUCCAUAGAAAGACGGCUUGUCCAUUAUCUUUCCGUCAUCGUGGCCACUGUACAGCCCUUCCCUUUUCAGCAGUACAUUUCCAUUGUCUAAUAAAUACCAAAAAUAUGGUUCUGAAAUGUUCUAUUCGAUAUCUCUGAUGUUUCCGCCUAGUCUCAUCGCUCCGGGAGCGAAUACCAAUAUAUUUAUAACUAACCCCUUCUGUCUGUGGCGAAGAGGCUAGUUAAACGUUUGUAACAUUGUAACGAAAUUCACUACAAUAAUGUUGCCAGCGUCGUUAAAGUAAUACAAACGUGUGCAAAUAGUUCUCUGAUCCUCUGCCCGCUAGUUACCAUUCAUAUGUAAUGCCAGCGCCUUUGUGAUACGUUGUACAAUACAGCGCCCUCCCUCGUGGUGUUUCUGACCAUAUGUGAUUGUGUAUGUCUUUACAGCGUAACCAACGGGGGAAAGACCACCCUCACCAACAAACUGAUCAAGAACCUUCCCAACUGUUGUGUGGUUCAUCAGGAUGACUUUUUCAAGGUGAGUCUUUUAUGAGUGUAUUACUGUUGUUAUUACUAUGUUGUUGGUCGCUAUUCUAGUGAUAAAGACUAAACGCACAUUGCACAUGGGCUAGAUUCGUCAGAGCUUUGAAUCUAUAUCAUUGCUUGGAAGAACUAGUGUGGAAAGUAGCCUAGCCUGUUUCCUUCAGUGUGUGUUGGGAGAGAGGCGUGAGAGAGGGUUGGCAGACCCUGAGAGGUGUUCAUAUGGCAGAAUGUUAGAAUGUACCUGGGUACAUCUCAUUCAUGUAUGUUUCAGCCACAAGAUCAGAUUGAAGUUGGUGAAGAUGGCUUUAAGCAGUAUGAUGGUAAGACGGGUUCUUUCUGGAAGGGUUGUGUGUGUGUGUGGGGGGUGAGUUUGUUUGUGUGUGUGUGAUUGACAGUGUGUGGGUGUGUAACACACUACUACUCAAUACAAUCAUCAUGCUUCUUAACCAAGGAGGCUGAUUUUAGCUGUACAUCUCUCCGUUUCUCACCCUCUCUCUCCUUUAUAUGCCUUUUCCCUGUCAUCAUCCCUCCUCCGUCCCUCCAGUCAUCACUGCCCUCGACAUGGACGCCAUGAUGAGUACCAUCUACGCCUGGUUUGACGACCCGGUGAAGUUUGAACGGUCGCACGGCGUCAACAACACCUUGGAUACCGAGAUUCUCCCGGAGUCUGACCACAAGGAUGAGGAAACUCACAUCCUCAUCGUGGAAGGAUUCCUGCUUUACACCUACGGGUGAGAACUCUUGUCUCUCUCUCCUCCCUCUCUUCCUGCUCCUGAACUAUGGGUGAGGAGGACAGCAUGUGUUUCUCUGUGUCUGUCUCUUAGUAGAGCAUCAGUAGUUCUAGAUCCGGUUAAUUUAGAGGCUUUCUUGUUAUAUAUGUCAAAUGGGAUACCACAGUAAUAUGGUAGUAGUAACAACAGGACACUUGGUCAAUACUUUGAAUAUUUCUUCCUGUUUAAAUAAGUAAUAAGCGUGUACAUUGAAAAUGAAAUUCUUUCACACAUAAGUGAAACCCCUGUCUGGAGUAUGUUCUCUCCUAACAACUCUGGGUGAGGGGCCGGUGCAUUCCUCACAUGAGUGAGACGUACGUUCAUCUCAUUCUGUCAAAGACCUGUCAGACUUAUAAAACUAAAAAUAUAAUAUUUCCAAUUAUGUUUGUGUUCCUGCAGACCUUUGAUCGACGUACUGAACCAACGCUAUUUUAUUUCCAUUCCAUACGAAGAAUGCAAAAAGAGGAGGUGGUAAGUAAAAACUCUGAGAUUCAAACACAGACAUAUCUACCUGAACAUCCAGCUUUUUGCUGCUUUACUGUUGUGAAGGAACCUUUCAGCUAAUCCCAGGUGUGUGUGUGUGUGUGUGUCCUGUGUGCAGCUCAAGAAACUACAAGGUACCAGAUCCCCCCGGUCUGUUUGAUGGUCACGUCUGGCCCAUGUACACCAAACACAAGAACAUCAUGGAAACAUCAGGCGUUGAUGUUGGUAAGUGUCUGUCUGGUUUAUGUGUGCACAUUAUAUCAUGUGGUGUUUGUGAUAAAUGUGUAAUGCUUCUUCUGUGUGUGUGUGUGCACGGCAUAUUGGUUCUCCUACUUAUACAUGUGUAGUAUCUGAUUUCAUGUUAGUCAUUAUUUGGGUGUGGUGUUUACAGUUCAGCUAGAUGGAACUAUGUCAAAGGAACAACUGUACAACGUUGUCUACGGAGAUGUCCUGAACAACAUCCAGAAGUGUCUGUAAGCAACAAAGGUACGUUUCCUUCCUGUCCCUUCAUUUCAGCCUCAAAACCAUGAAAACAUCACUACCUGUAAAUCCUAACAAAUAGUUGUUUGUGUGUAAAUAAACUAAUCGUUGUGAAAAUAAACGUGUGAGGAUAGUUUUGUUGUGUAAAACAACUAAUACUUGUGCAUCUAAAUAUACUAGGUGUAUGUGUUGUAUAAAUCGCAACUAAUAGGUUUGUGUUCUUCCAGGUCAAUCUAUCGGCUAAGAGCAGGAUGGAUCUGCUACAUGAGGAGAAGGAGAGGCGCGCAUUGCCUUAACCGUUCCUACGUCUUUCUGACCUGCAGCUAGCAACACUCUACCGGCUGCUGCUGCCACCGUGAUAUUACUAUUUUCUAGUGUAAAUUAUUAUUAUAUGCUGGCAUGGUUUUAUAUCCUCCAUAUUUAUUGCUUUGUUACGGGCCACCAGGCAGUCAGUCACAGAGAUGACAAUGGAACAGUUGAGAGGGUUGCAGCUCAAAGCACAACACCAAUAAACAAUCCUCCUGCUAAACAGA